AUGAUCGACGUUUCGGCUCUUUUCGGUACGUUUUCGUCUUUCCUCUAUUUUAUUAAUGUUUUUUUCUCUCUCGCAGUUUCUUAUCAAUAAACACUCUACGCCAAUCCUCACCUUCAAAAAUGACAGUUUUUCAAAUAUCGCUCACUUUGCAAACUUCUUUAUUCCUUCUUCAAAACUGAUUAUCUGCUAUUUUGAGCAAACAAGAAACUUUGGACGUUUUGAAUCGAUUGAGAAUUCAAAGUAAGUAAGUAACUUUUCUUCCAACCUCCUCCAUUGGGACAAGAUUCUAUCAUUUUUAAUCUGUGUAGAAUAAUUUCGCCAAAACCCGAAACAAUCAGAUUUCUCCGCCCUCUUUGUUUCUCUUCGUAGGCGAGGUUUAGAAAAAAUGAAAAGUACACUUGAAAAUGCUAUAAGCGGUCAAGACGGUACAUGCAAGCCAAAAUGUUUCAAGUCGAGGCGGAUGAGGUCUUUUUGAUGCUAACGAUGUCUAGGUGCAAUCGAACGAUUUGGAAUGGAUAGGAUGGAGAAAAAGGCUGAAAAAAGUGAUAAGCUGACCAGUCGGCAUGAAGGGUGUGCCGUCAUGACGUCAUGUGUUGCCCGAAACGCGUGAAUCAAUCUUUCUUCUCCUUUUUCCUCUUCGCGACGUCUCCAAACCACAGUUUAUCAAUAUAAUAGAACUUAGAUCUUUUUUACUGUCGCUAAUCUAAAAAAAAUCCUUUUUUUUCACUGCGUCAGCGACCUUUUCAAAUUCGAAAAACGUUCUAAAAGGCAAUAUCUUAACCUCGUCCAAAUAUUCAUCUCUCAUUAUUUACAAGUUAUGAAAAUGUGGUGUUUUUAGUUCAUCUGCUUUCCUCUUUCAAUAACACCCCGCUAGUUCAAAUGAAAAAUUAGUUUUGAGCAUGAAUGAACAGGUAAGAAAAUUAUUUGCUUUUCAGUUCCUUGUAUUAGAGCCUUUUCAAAGGCCGCAAUAAAGUAGAAAAUGAUUUUCCACUAUUUUCCUGGAAAUAGAGAUGGCGCGAAACUCGCUAUUAACUCCUUAAUUCUGUCCUUUUCUGGUGUAGUAAUGUUUUACAAGAAGACUCGAAUAUGGAAGAACGAAUUCCAAAAAAUAGACGAAUUUAAGUCAUUUUAAAGUUUUGCGAAAAUCGUGGGAAACAGUUUUUCACUUUAUUGCAAACGGGCUCAGCUAUCAAAAAAUAAAAGAGAAUUAGGAUUGAACUGAACAAAUUUUUAAUUGGAAAUUUUUUCCACGCGUCGAUACCUAAUUUUUGAACUUUUGAAUCAUUCGACCUUUCCAUGAUUAUCAAACUUUAUUUUGCAUAGAUUUAUGAUUCAUAUCCGAAAUCUUGGGCAGUUCUUAAGAACUUUGAUGCAACUUGAAAGGCCACACUCGCGGGAAAACUAUUUUUGAUUCAAAUUUCACUAUUUUCUUUCCAACUUUUUUGGAACCAGCCCUUGCUUCAGUCAAAACAGCGUUUAUCUCAUCAGAAAUACGUUAUCAUCGAUAUUUUUCCGCGAAAAUGCACUAAAAUCUUUCCAAAACAAGUUUUUUUUCCAUGCAUUCAUUGGAGCGUUUUUAUUUUCAAGUUGCUCGAAGCAAAAUUUUUCCACUUGAAAUUUUCUUUCUAAAUUCGCUUCGAAAGCUUUUUUUGAAAUCAACUUUUUCGCUUUCUAUCUUUUUUUUCAAAAUGUUCAAAAAAAAUAUCUUUUCGCCAUUUUUUUUUCUUUUUUUGCAGAUAUUGACGAUUCAAUCAGUUUUGCCGUAGUUUAUGUUAGCCUUCUUUUGGGUCGAAGAAGUCGAACCUCUGAUAUGAUAAUUUUCUCUCUUUUUGAUGUUGUUAACCGUCUAAACAUACUUCCCUAUUCAAAUAUGCGUUGUUUAGAAACGUAGCCGCAUAGAUUGCAAAUGAAGAUAUUCAAAACCCUUUCGAGAGAAAUUCCUAGUUUGAAGCAACAUUGCAGGCUCGAUAACAUUCUUAGACUUUUUGGCUGCUCUUUGAUUGUUAUUUUUUCGCCUUCUCAGUUCUUUCUAGAAAAAAUGUAUGCCUCGAGUUUACUUAUUUCUCUGUUUUCUGUAUCAUUUUUUUGUCGCGAGGCAGUGGUCUCGGAAUUAAAAUACCAUGUGCAAACGGUUCUGCGGCGGCGGUCGCUUUCCCUCGCGGCCGUGCCACUUUCCAAUUUAUGCCUACCUUUCAGUAUGAAAUACAUAUUUUAUCCGAAACUUUUUUAUAAAUCCUUAAUCAAACACAUUCCUGGGUUUCCUGAUUCUUAUCUGAGUUUUGCACAUUAUUUCCCUGAAACUUCUCAAAAAUUCCAUUUCAAAACCUAGUGAAGAGCCAGCAGAUAACUUAGUACAAACACUGACGCGAGGAUUUUUGAACAGACCAUUAAAAAAAGUUCAACAGAAAAAUUGGAAAUUCCAUUCAGCUGAACCGAGAAAGAUCGAUCAGAUUUCUAUUAAACUAUCUGAAAAAAAAAACGCAAGAAAUGGAAAAGUUUCUUAUCAGGUUGUACGGUCCGUUAGUUUUUUUGUCGAAUAAACGUUUAAUGUCUUUUUUACGCAAGGUCAUCCUUCUUGUUUUCAUGCGUGAAACCUGUCUCCAUCCAACCAAAACUGUGUUUAAAGUUGUGAAAAUCGAGCGUUUUUGGUAUCUGCGCAUGGCCUCAAAUAAAAAGGAUCUUGUAGUAAAGUGAGAAACGAGAUAAGGAAUCUUUUAACAGAGUCGUUAGGUGAAUAAAGUUUGAUAGAAAAAAGCACCGGAGCCUUAUCAUAAAUAUUCGAAUCGAUUCAUCACUGUACGCCGUGAUCUUUGUCCUUUUGAGCCGCAUUCACGCAACUGACCUUUGCUCUUGAUCCAGUCUCCGUAAGUAAAGUUCUCUAGCGAAUCAGCCGACAUUACCCUCUCUACUUGCAAAUGCUGUCAAAAACAAAGACUCAUUUCCAGAAAACAGAUCAACGAUGAAAGAUGUUGAAUCGCCAUCGACGAUCCUCGGCGAGGGCUUUGCCGAAAAACCAACCUCCAACUUCUCCUGGCCUCCAGGCCAAGCUUUUCCUUUUGAGCCAUUGCCGCCAUAUCCUGCCGGUUAGCGUCGCCAAUAUUUCUGAAUAUCCAUUUCCUUCUCAGGACCUAACCUUUCAAAAAUCCGGUAUCCUCGCGAAGUGACCUGUCCCAAGUAUCUUUGUCCACACUGUGAAGAACACUUUCUGGUGAGCUUUAAACGCCUCGUCCUCUCAAAGGCUUUUACAGUUCCGAUCGCCUAGAGGUCUUGUCACAUGUCCAUUUUGCCAUACGCACACUGCCGUCGGCACUUAUGUAAGUUUGAAAAGACGAUAAGAAUUUCUCAUAAAAGAGAUUUGCGCUUGAAGAAAGAACAUCUGAUUACAGAACCGAAGACAGAUGAUCUUACAUUUGGUGUUCGGAGCAGCGCUGCUCAGCGUUUCCAUCACUUUGGGCGCCGUCGUCGCCACAGUCGCAAAGGAGCAAGUCUUUUUGGCGGUUCCAGGUACUUUCGGAAGCUCUUUCUUUGUCAGUCUCUCAUUUCAGCCAUCAUGAUGUUUUUUUGCUCCAUCAUCUUCUUCACCAAGGCGUUACAGUCCCGUGAUAACUACGAGGAAGCCAAGCUCCUCGUUGACGACUUCUAA